UGUCCUCUCGCGUCUCGCGCCUGGAGUUUCGUGUGGGACAGUUGACCCUUAUGUCAAGUCGCGUGUAGGUGAUGUGUUUGUUGUAAAAUAUCCGGGUGCAGCUGAUUGUACGAAUCGGCUCGGCGCGCGCGUGGUCGGCGGUGCUUGUGUGUGCGAGCGAGCGACUGGGCGGAGCGGGCUGAGCGGCCUCCGAGCCGACUGCCGCCAUGGAGGACGGCCAUACCAGAACGGUGGCCGAGGUCGAGCGCUACUUCAACGUAGACUCCGAGCGCGGCCUCAGCGAGGACCAGGUCAAGCGGCACCAGGAGAAAUAUGGCCCCAACGAACUCCCAGCUGAAGAGGGCAAGUCUCUCAUGGAGCUGAUCCUCGAGCAGUUCGACGACCUGCUCGUGAAGAUCCUCUUGUUAGCCGCCAUCAUCUCUUUUGUGUUAGCCAUUUUUGAAGAGCACGAAGAUUCGACCGAAGCCAUCACCGCCUUUGUGGAGCCGUUUGUCAUCCUGCUCAUUCUCAUCGCCAACGCUAUCGUCGGAGUAUGGCAGGAGCGGAACGCCGAGAGCGCCAUCGAGGCUCUGAAGGAGUACGAACCCGAGAUGGGCAAGGUGAUUCGCACCAACAAGGCCGGUGUGCAGAUGGUGCGCGCCCGCGAGAUCGUCCCCGGUGACGUCGUCGAGGUCUCCGUCGGUGACAAGAUCCCCGCUGAUCUGCGCCUGAUGAAGAUCUUCUCGACCACGCUGCGCAUUGACCAGUCGAUCCUCACUGGAGAGUCUGUGUCUGUGAUCAAGCACACUGAUCCCGUGCCCGACCCGCGUGCCGUCAACCAGCCGGCCUCCGGCGAGCCUGCUGAGGAGGGCCAGGAGGGCCACUCCAAGGCCAGGGCCAUCAUCCAGGACAAGAAGAACAUCCUGUUCUCCGGCACCAACGUGGCCGCCGGCAAGGCUCGCGGUAUCGUCAUUGGUACUGGCCUGAACACCGCCAUCGGUCAGAUCCGUACCCAGAUGGCCGAUACUGAGGAGAUGAAGACUCCGCUGCAGCAGAAACUGGACGAGUUCGGCGAGCAGCUCUCCAAGGUCAUCUCCAUCAUCUGCGUUGCCGUGUGGGCCAUCAACAUCGGCCACUUCAACGACCCGGCCCACGGCGGCUCCUGGAUCAAGGGCGCCAUCUACUACUUCAAGAUCGCCGUGGCGCUGGCCGUGGCCGCCAUCCCCGAGGGUCUGCCCGCCGUCAUCACCACCUGUUUGGCGCUGGGCACCCGGCGUAUGGCCAAGAAGAACGCCAUCGUGCGCUCGCUGCCCUCUGUGGAGACGCUCGGCUGCACGUCCGUCAUCUGCUCUGACAAGACCGGCACGCUCACCACCAACCAGAUGUCCGUGUCGCGCAUGUGCGUGUUCGCUGACGAGAGCAGCAUGCACGAGUUCGACAUCACCGGAUCGACCUACGAGCCCAUCGGAGAUAUCUUCAUCGGCGGUGUGAAGGCCAAGAUCAGCGACUACGAGAUUCUGCAGGAGCUGGCCACGAUCUGUGCCAUGUGCAACGACUCCUCCAUCGACUACAACGAGUUCAAACACUGCUUCGAGAAGGUGGGCGAGGCCACUGAGACCGCCCUGGUGGUGCUGGCGGAGAAGAUCAACCCGUACGGCCUCUCCAAGACCGGCAUGAGCCGCCGCGAGGCCGCCAUCGUCGUCAAGCACGAUAUGGACACCAAGUGGAAGAAGGAGUUCACCCUGGAGUUCUCUCGCGACCGCAAGUCGAUGUCUUGCUACGCUACCUCUCUGAAGCCGACCAAGCUGGGCACUGGCGCGCGCAUGUUCUGCAAGGGCGCUCCCGAGGGUGUGAUUGACCGCUGCACGCACGCCCGUAUCGGAACCACCAAGGUGCCGCUGUCUGCGUCCAUGAAGAACAAGAUCCUGGAGCGCUGCCGCGAGUAUGGUGUGGGCCGCGACACUCUGCGCUGCCUGGCUCUGGCCACCAUUGAUGCCCCGAUGAAGCCUGAGGACAUGGCUCUGGAAGAUGCCACCAAGUUCGCCUCCUACGAGGUCAACAUGACAUUCGUCGGUGUGGUGGGCAUGCUGGACCCGCCGCGUAAGGAGGUGGCCGGCGCCAUCAAGCGCUGCCGCAAGGCCGGUAUCCGCGUCAUCGUCAUCACUGGUGACAACAAGGGCACAGCCGAGGCCAUCUGCCGCCGUAUCGGCGUCUUCGAGGAGGAUGAGGACACGACUGGCAUGUCCUACUCGGGUCGCGAGUUCGACGACCUUUCCGUGGAGGAGCAGCGCGCCGCCUGUGCCCGCGCCCGCCUCUUCUCGCGCGUGGAGCCGUUCCACAAGUCCAAGAUUGUCGAGUACCUGCAGAGCAUGGACGAGAUCUCCGCUAUGACUGGUGACGGUGUGAAUGACGCUCCCGCUCUGAAGAAGGCCGAGAUCGGUAUUGCUAUGGGUUCGGGUACCGCCGUGGCCAAGUCGGCCUCUGAGAUGGUGCUGGCUGACGACAACUUCUCGUCGAUCGUGGCCGCCGUGGAGGAGGGCCGCGCCAUCUACAACAACAUGAAGCAGUUCAUCCGCUACCUCAUCUCGUCCAACAUCGGCGAGGUCGUGAGCAUCUUCCUGACGGCCGCCCUGGGCGCCCCGGAGGCUCUGAUUCCCGUCCAGCUGCUCUGGGUUAACCUGGUCACUGACGGCUUCCCGGCCACCGCGCUCGGCUUCAACCCGCCCGACCUGGACAUCAUGGACAAGCCGCCGCGCUCCUCCAAGGAGACCCUCAUUACCCGCUGGCUGUUCUUCCGCUACAUGUGCGUGGGUACCUAUGUGGGUGCCGCCACGGUCGGCGCGGCCGCCUGGUGGUACAUGCUGGCGCCGACCGGACCCCACCUCAGCUACUACCAGCUCACCCACCACCUGCAGUGCGCGGGCGGCGGCGACGAGUUCCACGGCAUCGACUGCGCCGUCUUCAACGACCCGCACCCGAUGACGAUGGCGCUGUCGGUGCUGGUCACCAUCGAGAUGCUGAACGCGCUCAACUCUGUGUCGGAGAACCAGUCGCUGCUGGUGAUGCCUCCGUGGCAGAACUUCUGGCUCAUCGCCGCCAUCCUGCUCUCCAUGUCGCUCCACUUCAUGAUCCUCUAUGUGGACAUUCUCUCGACCAUUUUCCAGAUCUGUCCACUGAGCUUGGAGGAGUGGAUCGCGGUGCUGAAGAUCUCGCUCCCCGUGCUCUUCAUGGACGAAACGCUGAAGAUGGUCGCCCGCAAAUACGCCGACGUGCUCGGAUGCUAAACGAGCCAUCGCAUGGGGUGACCUGCGAGGAUGGUGAGAGAGAGAGAGACCUGCACCGGUCAGCCGCUCCGGUCCCCGCGCCGCCCCCGACCAGCCGGAGGGCCCGCGCAGCCAGAGCCAGAGGCGCGCCCCAGCGGCCGCCCCGCGCAGAGAGAAAGAGAGUGCGAGAGAGCGUGUCAGAGUGAGCGCGCGAGUGAGACUGCGUCGGCCCGACCAGCCACCCGCCUGGUCCGGCGACCAACAUUGGCCCUUCCGCGGCACGCCGCGCCGCGCGGUGCACGGAGCCGGAGACUGUGCGAUAGGUGGCGCCCCCGAGCGCCAAGCUUCGUCCAGCGGGGCCCGAGCGCCGGCGCGGCCGCGCGCGCGCCGCCCCCGCCUGUGCGCUUGAAUACACGCGCGACACUUGCACACGUGUACAUACGGUUGUUAUCCUGUAGAUCGGGUCUUCGUGUCUAGUCAUGUGAGUACAACCCCGACUCGUUGUCUCGGAAAGAUGCUCAAACCCGCGCGCCGGGCCCCUCGCCGCCGGACAGCCGGGCCCCGGUGGCGGGGCCAGGCGCGCCGACUGGCGAGGGGGCGACCGUCCCCAUCCGACCGCCCCCGCCCCCGCCUCCGCCGGCCGCCGCCCGUGCCGCCCUAGAGGCGCGCGGGCGGCGGACAGGGGAGAUGCAUAACACGUUAUGACUUUGGAGUUUUAAUAGAAUUUAUGAUUUUAUACGCGUCGCGCUGUUGGGAAAUAGAAACGAAAAACAUGGGGAAUCGUGAGUUUCAUUUGUGAGAGCGGAAUCGUGGCUGAUGUGUGUUCAGGAAUCACUCGUAAGCCGUGUUGAUGGCUGGUCUUCAAACAUGUAACACACAUUGCGUAAUUUUGUUGCUAGUUCGGUGGCGGAAUUCGUACGAGAGAGGUUGUAGCGGCCUGACAUUGCCUGUUCCGUGAAACUCGGCGUCUGUGGUUUCUGCUUUCUACGAACACUUCUCUGUGACAACACGUGGCGGGACACUACUACUCUGCGCCCUUUCUCUGUUUGGGGCUGCCUUCUUGGAAGUGGAGUACCAUGACCUGUCAAAUGUCAACGACCUUAGUGACCUGUUUGAAACUUACCUACCUUUGUCGUCUUUCUUUGUUCGUAAAGCUGUUUGCUGAAGUUCAGGCUUGCAUCAUGCAAACACGCAUCUGUGUUGACGUAAUUCACCCACAAGCUCCAGAAACCGCAAUCCCAAACGUUACAGCAAAUUCUCAUGUCGAAAUUUGUCCACGCUUUCCCAGGUAUUGUAGCGCUGUGGGAAAAAUAUAGCCCAGUCCACGGUAAAAUUCCUCGCCAGACGCCUACUUCCCAGUUCCCACACACUAGUGACACGUGGAUGUCUGGCUAAAUAAAGUACGAUCUUUG